AUGUACAGUCACAGGGAAAUACCGGUCUAUACAGCUUCCCGGAUUGAAACGAGUCCGGAUCACUGUCCAACACCUCCAAGGGAGAAUGCGGCAUCAGAAGAAUCCGAUGAAAGGGCGGAUCCUCAUCUCACCGGGCAAUCUCCUCCUACACAACCGGAAGUCUCCGAAUCAGACUUCAUAAAGGAAUGGGUUGAGAGCCGUCUUCAAAGGUUUGAAGACUCAACAACAGAACGGGUUGAUAGCCGUAUUCAAGAGUUUGAAGACUCCGCGGUUCAGCCAUUGAGGGAGAGGUUCCAGAGAACCGUUGGCUCGACACUCAAGUUCGCCAACACCACAUGGCAACUUUUGGAGAGAACGAGAGAACGGUUCUCAGAUAUUGAUGAAGAUCAACAGGAAAAGGCGGUCCUGCGCGGCAAACAUCUUAAGCGAACCGUAGUUUUGGAGGAUACAACCUCCAAGAUAAAGGAAAACUUUGGCCGGCUUGAAAGAGAGACCGAUAAACGAUUGACAACGAUGGCUGAUGACCUGAUCGGCACAACACUCGGACGGGUAUCCGAACUUGAAAAGAAGAAUGCCGGUCUCGAGGACGAACUCAAGGCGCUUUCCGCUCAAGUAGCCGAACUACUCCAAGCUAAGAUAAAUGCGGACGCCGCGGCUAUAGAGGUUGAUGCCCAAGCGGCUAAGAAGGUCCAGGAUGAGAUGGACGCCGAAGCAAGUAAAGAGAAGGAGGCACCGCGACCAUCGCAACUUACCGAAGAGGAAGAGGAAGCCGAGCGGAUUAGAAGGGCAGAGGCCAAGUUCCCAGGACUUGCAAAGAAGGCAGCCGCUCAAGCUGCGAAGGAUGCUGCACGGUUAGAAAGGGAAAGACGGAGGCUGGAAGGCUUCGCAGACGACAACAAAAAGAAAAAGGCGGCCUCUUCCGUUUCAGCUCCGACAAAGCGAAAGAGGGAAUCUUCAAAGAAAGCCCAAAUAGCCGACCUGCUCAAUGAGGUCACUGAAACGGUCAUUACGAGUACAACGCAGCAGGCUACUCAAGUCGAAGAGGAGGAUGAAGAACACCUGAAGCCCCGGUCUACAAGACAAAGAGUCUCCGAACCGGCCAGUCGAUCGCAACCGGUGAAGAAAAAGUGGAACAUAUAUGACUUCUCGGACUCGGAAUAG